AUGGCGCACCGCGAAAAUUGGCGAUCUCCGGGCAAAAGAAGCAACCGAGGAGGACUCAAUGCCUUCAGAAAGCGCAGUCAGGCGGAAACAUUCUGUGUGCACUUUCAACGUGGCAGGUGCCACUACGGUGAGAGGUGCAGAUUCUCGCACGACGUGAAUAAGGCUUCCGACUUCAAGGCAGACCCGGCUGCAUACCAUCCCACAACCAAUGAUCUGGACGCUCGGAAUCAAUACUUCGACUGGAAGAGACUUCUUAGAAAUGGGAUUUUAGGGUCUAGAUAUUCUCGGAGGGAACAUCAAGAGAUCGUUGAAUUCUGGAACGGGGCUCUUGAAAUUCUUGAAAGCGACCACAGAGAGAAUCAUCAGUUCCUCGCUAAAGAUCUCGUGGACGACAAUCUUCAUGGAUAUGAGUUUAUCCUCGCAACUGCAGAUGCAGACAAUCCAGAGGGAGUGCGACCUAUUCCAACUUACGACACGCAAUUUCUUAAAGUUAUUACCCAUCCUUCUCUCCUGAACUGUCUUUCUGUCGAUUCAUUUGUUGGCACUCUGUACACAUCCUUUGGUGGAACGAAUGGAGAUCGAGCAAUCAGAUAUCUGAGAAGUGUUUGCCGGAGCCUGCUAAGUAAAGGUGAAGAGACCAGUGAAAAUGUGCCGAUCAUCUCUCUGGACACGAUGAAGUUACUGCUGAAUACCCUGUACCAGCUUUUGUCGAGAGUCCGACGCGCUCGAUUCCACGAUGAAAUUCCCGCACUGCUUGACCUAAUCCGCGACGUGGCCUCCAAAAUUGCUGAAACAUGCUCGAAGGCCGACUUUGACGGCCUUGAAAGCAGAAUAGAAGUCAUGCAGAGCCUGAUCUCUAGCGCAAACCGCAAACUUUAUACACCCAGGGCGCAUGAGGAGAAUCCCCAGGAGAGUGGAUCAGCCCUGUCGUCUUUUCCGCUGGAUAUGCAAACACCUGGUGGGAGACACGACAACGACCUUGCAGAAAUCUCUCAAGUUCAGAUCCUUCCUACCCAUGGAGAGAUUGUCAGCGGCAAUUCAGAAUAUCUACCUUCUACCAACUUCCUUCAGCCGCACUUUCUCCCUGACCCUUUGCAAAGAUACAUUGACUCAACAUUCCGACUCCUGCGCCAUGAUAUCUUCGGCUCAGCCAAAGAUGUCCUUCGAGAUCUGCUACAGCAGAAUGAUUUGACACGAUUUUCAUAUUUCUCAAGCAAAGAUAGCGGGGCACAUCUCUAUCUGGGAGCACAGGUCCCCCAAAUAUUUAUCAAUGAGAGAAAGGAGCUCGAAGCGACCGUGUCCUUUGCUACUCCACCACAAGUCCGCAAAAAGACAUCCAACGAGCAAUGCAGAUGGUGGCAAGACUCCAACCGACUAGAGGAAGGAAGCCUAGUGUGUUUCUUGACGUCCCAAGAAACUCACAGGAGGCUUAUUUUCCUCGAGGUCACUGUGAAGAAUGCUUCUAAGGACCGAGCGCACCAGAACAAGAGUAGUCUUGUUUCUGAUAAAUUUCCACCUAGUAUUACGGUCAAGCUUGCGACAUGCCUACAACAAGAACUGAUCCUCCUGGCCCGGCUUUACAGCAAGAAGCUUACCGGUAUCCUGGUCGACUUCCAUGGCUUGAUCCCUGCCACGUUUGCCCCUAUCCUGAAAAACCUUCAACGAAUCCAACGCGAAGGAGAGUUGGCAUUCCAAAAAUGGAUUUUGCCAGGCCGUAAGGAGGAUGAUGAUGGCCACAGCAUACCACCACCGGCAUACGCGCGCAAACCAGGAUUUAUCUUUCCUCUGACUUCGAUCACAACUGUUGGAGCCGAAAAGGUUGCAUUAGACCCGGGUACCCCCGAGUCUAUUGACCUCUUGAAACUGCAAACUCAAACUGGUCUCGACCAUGGCCAGUGUCAGGGACUUAUCGCGGCUCUCACACGAGAGUAUGCCCUUAUCCAAGGCCCACCGGGCACCGGAAAGUCCUAUUUGGGUGUUAAGCUUGUUCAAGUUCUCCUUGAGAUCAAGGAAAAGGCAAAGCUAGGCCCAAUUCUUGUGAUCUGCUAUACCAACCAUGCCUUGGACCAGUUUUUAAAGCAUCUUCUUGAUGUUGGUAUCCAGAAAAUUAUACGCAUUGGUGGCCGCAGUCAGGCCACUGAGCUUGAAGGCAAGAACCUUCGCGUUGUCAGUAAAGGCAUUGGGAAGACGAGGGUAGAGUCGCAAACCCUCGGCAUGUCCUACGGGAGACUUGAGGACUGCAUGAAGAACGCUGGAUAUGCAAUGAAACCUCUACACCAGUCUCAAAAAGGCCUGUCUUGGGCCGCGAUGGAGCAUUUCUUGCACCAAAAAUGGCCCAUUAUACAUAAACAACUGGAGCGACCAGACACGGAAGGAUUCACAACUGUUACUGAUGAUAAAUUACUCAACUGGCUUGGAGCCAAAUCGAUGCAAACCCUGAAAGACCAGAAUGAGAGUGAAGUUGACGAUGUGCGCUUGGAAGGCCUCACACGCGCUGCGAAGGAAAAUAUUCACAGUCUCUCGAUACCGGAACGCCGGAUUCUUGCAUUGAGCUGGUUUAAACAGUGGCAGGAAACCAAAACCGCUUCGCUUUUCGAGGCUCUUGAUCGCGCUGCAAAUCUUCGCGGGGACAUUAAUGCAGUCCAUGAAGAGGUCAACCGCCGUACCUUGAUUCAAGCAGACGUAGUAGGAAUCACAACCACAGCCCUUGCACGCCAUAUCGAGACACUGCGACGAGUAGGAACAAAGGUCAUUAUAUGCGAGGAAGCAGCUGAGGUAAUGGAAGCCCACGUCAUCUCAGCCCUCAUGCCAGGAGUUGAACACUUCAUUCAGAUUGGGGAUCAUCGACAGUUGCGACCACAGAUUCAAAAUCAUUCACUUAGUCUUGAAACAUCCACAGGAAGGACAUGGCAGCUAGACAGAAGCCAGUUUGAGAGACGCGCUGUCGGUGAGCCAGGUCUCAAGCCAGCCCCUGUUGCACAGCUCAAUGUACAGCGAAGAAUGAGACCUGAGAUCUCGCAACUUAUCAGGAGGGUCUAUCCAAAACUAGAGGAUCAUGAAAGCGUGGUGAAUCUACCCAAUGUUGUUGGAAUGCGGAACAACCUCUUUUGGCUGGACCAUCGAUGCGAUGAAGAUUCAAGGGAUGACGGCAGCCGUGUGAAGUCUCAUAGCAACCAGUGGGAAGUCGAUAUGGCUACUGCUCUUGUUCGGCAUCUUGUUCGGCAGGGAGAGUACAAGAGCACGGAUAUUGCCCUCUUGACACCCUAUACCGGGCAGCUGCGGAAGCUCAGGGCAUCACUAUCCAAUGAUUUCGAAAUCUGUCUCAGCGAGCGGGACUUGGAGACUCUGGCCGCGGACGGGCUUGAGAAGUUUGAAGAUGAAUAUCUCGAGUCAAAUGGCCGCAAGUCACUCGAGAAGAAGACGUUGCUCCAGACGGUCCGUCUUGCUACCGUCGACAAUUUCCAAGGCGAGGAGGCAAAGGUGAUCGUUGUCUCUCUAGUCCGCAGCAACUCAAAGCGCAAGGUUGGCUUCCUACGCACCGAAAACCGCAUCAACGUGCUCCUCAGUCGAGCUCAGCACGGCAUGUAUCUCAUUGGAAAUACUGAAACAUACCUCUAUGUCCCAAUGUGGGCCGACGUCCACUCUCAGCUCGCCCGUGCGAAUGCAGUCGGCACGGAGUUGGCUCUCUGUUGUCCUCGCCACUCGGACACGCCUAUUCUCUGUUAUGAACCCCACGACUUUGAGAGGAAGAGCCCUGAAGGUGGGUGCAGCCUCCCGUGUACCCGUCGACUCGAGCCAUGUGGUCAUCAAUGCCAGGCCAAGUGCCAUUCAGCGGUCAUGCACGAUGGCUUUGCAUGUGGAAAACCUUGCCCACGUAUCCGAUCAACCUGUGAGCACGAGUGUCCCAAGCUUUGUGGUGAAGAUUGUGGUCCUUGCAUGGCGAAGAUUCAAGACGUGGAGCUUCCUUGUGGUCAUAUCAAGAAAUCGGUCUUUUGCCAUCAGAUGCCUAACUUGAAAGUCAUCAAAUGCGACGUCGGGGUCGAAAAAUAUGUUCCAAAAUGUGGCCAUACAAUUCAAGUUGGAUGUUUCAAAGAUGUAACGUCCCCAAUCUUCCGUUGCCCUAGGCCAUGCACCGGCAUUCUCAGCUGUGGCCACAAUUGCAGCGAUUGCUGCGGAAAUUGUCUCAAGGAAGUCCACGAUGGAAGCAGAGUAUUUGAGCACCCGAAGUGCACGAAAAGAUGUGACCGCCCUCACGGCGUUUGCAAUCAUAGGUGUCCUAAGAUAUGUCAUAAUGGGGAAAGCUGUGGUUACUGCGAGGCAAAAUGCGAAGUUAGAUGCUCACACUCAGCAUGCGACUUGACCUGCGGAAAGGCAUGUGCACCAUGCAUCGAGAGAUGCACCUGGUCCUGCAAACACCAAGGCUCCUGCUCAAUGCCUUGCGCGGCAAUAUGCGACCGGCUUCCUUGCGAUGAGCGAUGCACUAAGAUUCUUAAAUGCGGCCAUCAAUGCCCGAGCCUCUGCGGGGAAGACUGUCCAAAUAAUCUGUGUCAAGAGUGCGGCGACAAGGGAGACGCCCGUGUUGACUUCCUUGAAUGGAAAACGUAUUCUGAAAUCAGUCUCGAUGAAACUCCUAUCGUCGUGCUUGGAUGCGGCCAUUUCUUUACCAGUGAGUCGGUUGAUGGAUUGGUUGGCCUGGAUGAAGUAUACACGAGAGAUAAAGAUGGAAAUUUCGACGGUCUCCGAGAUGUCUCUUCUUCACUUGCCAAUGUCAUACCAUCGUGCCCGGACUGUAAGCAGCCAAUUCGCCAGUUUGUGACGAAACGUUACAAUCGUGUUAUCAACCGUGCCGUUAUGGAUGAGACUUGGAAGCGGUUCCUUAUCAAGGGUCGCACAGACCUGGAAGGGCUUGAAUCGCGUCUGAACGACAUUGAAGACAAGCUCAACUCUAAGCGAGCCACUGUAGAUGUGGAUGACACUAAAUCACAGCUUGAAGCACGAUAUGCAGCCUGUGCACGCCUCGCGAGGGAGGCUUUAGCUCUCAGCAAAGCCAUGGAGGCCGAGAAUCAGCCGAUGAAACGGCUCACGGAUGCGAUUGCCAUCUACCAGAAGUCAUCAGGGGACGAAUUAACCUCCCUCUCAGCCCGAAUGGAGGCGAUGAAUAUGACAACACGGGAAUCCGAUAACCAAAUUACCCUUGGCGCACGGUUAAUUUACAUCAAGUCAAAGGAAGUCAUGCUGAGCGAUGCCUUUAGAGUGAUAGAUUCAAGCGGAAAAUCUGCAACACUACCACGGCUAAGCCUCGCCAAACCAUCAUCAACCUUGAUUCAAGCUCUGAAGGAUUGCCGAGACUUGAUAACUCAAGCCAAUGAAGGAAACUUCUCCCGCAUCGUCAUCACGGCGACCGUCUCAUUCGCCAAGAUCGCCCAGCUGGACGCGUGGUAUCACCGCUCCCAUCGAGGAGAAACAACAAGCGAUCUACAUCUCAAAGGAAAAAAGGGUCUAGAAAAGCUCGAAGAUCGCUUUCAAACCACCCGCGAUCUCCUCGUCGAUGCGUUGAAACUAUGCGACGAACUGAAGAACUGUCCUGAGCUCCAACAAAAGGUCCAGGAGAUGGUCCGCCUCUAUGAGGGAACACGAUACGAAACAGUCACUUUAGAAGAACUCCAAUCAAUCAAGACGGCCAUGGUCAGUGGGCGAGGAGGAAUCGCGACUCACUCUGGGCACUGGUACAAUUGCGUCAACGGGCAUCCGUUUGCUAUUGGAGAGUGCGGUAUGCCGAUGGAGCAAGCUAGAUGCCCUGAAUGUGGAGCACCUAUUGGAGGUCAAAAUCACACAGCCGUUGAGGGCGUUUCUCGAGCGCGGGAAAUGGAGUAG